AGGAGGGGGCGGAGGAAGCCGAGCGGCCGGCCUGGCAGAGCCCACGUGGAGCGACGCCAUCCGGAGCCAUGCAGGAGGCCCGGCGCUGCAGCGUGUGCGCGGAGGGGAGCCCGAACCCGGCCAAGUACCGCUGUCCGAGCUGCAGGGCCCGAUAUUGUUCGGUGCCUUGCUACAAGAAGCACAAAGAACAAUGCAUGCCAAAAGUAGAUCCAGUUCCACAGCCUGCAAGUACAGAAGUCUUGACGGGUGUUCAGAGGGAGAAAUCAUUAAACGCUGAAGCAAGUCCUUGGUCGGUGGGUGACAUUUUGACAGAAGAGGAGGAGGAAGAUAAGGUGCCUCUGGAGAGCUUCCAUCGCCUAAAGGACUCAGAAGAACUCCGAGGCCUUCUCCUCAACCCCCACCUCCGGCAACUGCUUCUAACCGUCGACCAGGCCGCGGACAAGAGCUCCCUCAUGAGGAAGUACAUGCAAGAGCCACUGUUUGUGGAGUUUGCCGACUGCUGCCUGCGGAUCGUUGAGCCGUCCGAGAAGGAGAAUGAGCUUCCGGAAUGAAAGCGGCCCAGGAGCGAGCAGCGAGAGGACGGGAGGUGGUUUGUGGGAGCACAGAAUGGCUCCCUUUAUUGACAAUGGCUAGAUUCUCAGUCCCGUUCUUCCGGAGAAGAUGUCACUGCUGGCUCUUGGGCCUGGGUUUGGGGGACAGGAGUGUUCAUGUACCAGAAGCAGUUCUUCUUUUGUGCUACAAAAUCCACCUUCCAGUUUAAGCUAUCUUGGAAAUGGUAUCUAAGAAGUGUUAGGUUUGUAACAUGUGGAAAACUCUGCUUCGUGAUUUAAAGUAGGGCUCCCCUACCUGCUUAAAACCCUGAUUUUACAUUUCACUGGAACUGUGGUGAAGUCAGACCUAACUCCGUCUAGUGGGCCCAGUCAAGCCAAAAUCGACUGCUUAUGGGUGAAAAUCAUCCACGGAUGUGUGGUGCGUGGCUUCUACCUCCAAAACC